AGAGCAGGCAGUGCCUGGAGGGAGUGAGCAGGGCUGUGUGUGCUCCAGUCUCAGGCACCAGCCAUUGGAACAGGCGCAGCAUCUCCUAUCAGAUCCUGAUCUGCUCCUCAUCUACCUCCAGGAUUGUCCAUUGUGAAUCCAGAUUGCACAUUUGCUCUGCUGGUAACAAUAGGGUUGUGGUGUCUCUCCCCAUACAGACACCGCACUGCUGCAUUUUAUAUGAUCAUCAUUAUCCUCAGCACCAGCAGCAGCAGCCGCAGCCGCCCCCUCCUCUCCUCCAUCCACACACAGGGCUGUCGGGGUGUAGCAUGGCAGCGGAGAGGAAGCGGAAUUGGAAUAAAGAAGAUGAUCUGCCCGUCUACCUGGCCAGACCGGGCACCACUGCCCAGACCCCCCGGGUGAAGUACGGCGGCAUGUUCGCCAACGUGGAGGGCGCCUAUGAGAAUAAGACCAUUGACUUCGAUGCGUACAGCGUGGGGAAGAAAGGGACCCGCACCCCGAGGAGCCAAAGCAGGCCGGACAUGAUGGACGGGGACAAUUUCAGCGAAACGGCCAGCGAUGUCAGCGAGAUCUCCGGAUCUGUCAUCAGCUCCCCCGGGGAGAGGGACGACAGGACCCCCGGCAUAGAGAUCAAGUACUCCGGGGGCAACAAGGAGCUGCUGCAGGGCGAGGACAAUGGCAAGAGUGACCGACUUCUUAUUAAAGGUGGGAAAAUUAUUAAUGAUGACCAGUCCUUCUAUGCAGAUGUUUACCUCGAAGAUGGCCUUAUUAAACAAAUUGGGGAAAACCUAAUUGUUCCAGGAGGAGUGAAAACGAUUGAAGCCAAUGGACGUAUGGUCAUUCCUGGUGGUAUUGAUGUCAACACGUAUCUCCAGAAGCCCUACCUGGGCAUGACAACAGUAGAUGACUUUUACCAAGGCACUAAGGCAGCUGUAACUGGAGGAACUACCAUGAUCAUUGACCAUGUUGUUCCUGAUCCUGGAUCAAACAUAUUGACAUCGUUUGAAAAGUGGCAUGAGGUGGCCGAUAAAAAGUCCUGCUGUGAUUAUUCCCUCCAUGUAGACAUUACCUCUUGGUACGAUGGCAUCAGGGAAGAACUAGACAUUCUUAUGCAAGAUAAAGGUGUGAACUCUUUCCAGGUGUACAUGGCCUACAAAGAUAUAUACCAAAUGUCAGACAGCCAGCUAUACGAAAUCUUCACCUUUCUCACGGCACAUGGUGCUAUAGUCAUGGUGCAUGCAGAAAAUGGGGAUUUAAUAGCUCAGGAACAAAAACGGAUCCUGGAAAUGGGAAUUACUGGACCUGAAGGACACGCGCUGAGCCGGCCAGAAGAGCUUGAGACGGAGGCCGUGUUCCGAGCCAUAGCUAUAGCAGGCCAAAUCAACUGCCCAGUCUACAUUACCAAAGUGAUGAGCAAGAGUGCCUCUGAUGCUAUUGCACAAGCCAGGAAGAAAGGAGCGAUAGUGUUUGGAGAGCCCAUUACCGCCAGUUUAGGGACAGACGGGACGCAUUACUGGAGCAAAAACUGGGCAAAGGCUGCCGCAUUCGUCACUUCUCCUCCUCUCAGUCCAGACCCAACCACACCAGAUUAUUUGACCACUAUGUUGGCAUGUGGUGAUCUCCAGGUGACGGGAAGCGGGCAUUGUUCUUACAGCACGGCACAGAAAGCCAUAGGAAAAGAUAACUUCACUUUAAUUCCAGAAGGAGUGAAUGGUAUAGAGGAGAGACUGACCAUCAUAUGGGAUAAAGCCGUGGCUACUGGGAAAAUGGAUGAAAAUCAGUUUGUAGCAGUUACUAGCACAAAUGCUGCCAAAAUCUUCAACCUCUACCCAAGAAAAGGGCGAAUCGCAGUUGGGUCAGAUGCCGAUGUUGUUAUCUGGGAUCCUGACAAGAUGAAGACAAUAUCUGCAAAAAGUCAUAAAUCUGCUGUGGAAUAUAACAUCUUUGAAGGGAUGGAGUGUCAUGGUGCCCCUCUGGUGGUCAUAAGCCAAGGAAAAAUCGUGUUUGAAGAUGGCAACCUACAUGCUACCCAAGGCAUUGGCCGAUUUAUACCUCGCAAGCCUUUCCCAGAAUACAUCUACCAGCGUAUUAGGACAAGGAACAAGGUGAGUGGGCUGCAGCCUGUGUCUCGUGGGAUGUAUGAUGGACCAGUAUUUGACGUUCCAGCUACUCCAAAGUAUCAAACCCCUGCCCCCUCUGCUAAAUCUUCACCCUCCAAGCCACAACCCCCACCACCUAUCAGGAACCUUCACCAGUCUAACUUCAGUUUAUCAGGUGCACAGGUAGAUGAUAGCAACCCUCGUCGUACUGGACAUCGCAUUGUGGCUCCCCCUGGUGGACGUUCAAACAUUACAAGUCUGGGUUGAAAGGACAGAAUGAAGAGACCUUGAGAAAGAGAACAAACGGUCAUCGGAACAGUGUUCCAUUCUUUGUCAGUGUUAUUGAGUUGAGCCCACAAUUUUUUUGCUACGAAUGAAAACAAUGGUCUGUUUUGUAGGAAAGGUGGUCAUAGUACUGUGAACUGCUCUGAAUGAAUUUUCACACUCUUAUCCAUAGUCACUUGAAAGCAUGGAUCACCCAUUGCCGUUGUAGAUUAUAGACACCAGCUUUGUCUUGUAGCUGUUUCUUUGCACUGUUUGGUUUGUAUGUUGGGUAGGUAGUGCAUGUUUUUUUUAUUUUUUUUUAUUUAUAUGAUGUAGAACGUGAGUUUCAAGACAUGCCAACAAUUAUCUAGACACAAUGCCAAGAUCAAUUUUGCCACCGAUAACCAAGAAAUGUGAACAAUUUUAUGUAUGCAGUAGAUUGCUAAAUGUACCAUGUUGAAUUUUUUUUGUACUUUUUAUUUUUUUUACUGUAUUAUGCCACAGCCAGCAAUAUCACACAACUGAAAAAAACUGGUUAAUCGCACAGUCCUGAAACCAGGAAUUUUCACGCUUUCUGUAAACUAGAGUUGGGCAGACUCCAGUCCUUCAGUUGCUGAUGAGCUGAUGCGCCCAAUGCAGGAGCAGACCUGGAACCCCUUUCUCUUCUCAUAGCCCUACCCCUCAUUUUUAUUUGUAAUACUAUCCUCUGCCUUUUUAGGCUAACUUUACCCUUUUUGGGCAAAAGAUAUUUCCAUGACGCUGAUACUUAUUCUCCUUUUUUGUCACGUUUAACAAGAACCGGGUAGUUAUCGUUCUUAUAAGAUGGUACUUCUGCUGUUGAUAACCUCAGAUCUAAAAACCCCUGAGGAAGUCUUGCUGAGCAAGGACUUCCUUGUUCCUCUAGGCACCUCUGUGACUUGACUCCUGUGGCAGUGGAGGUUCAUAUAGGUUCCUAUCAUAGUAUGAAAGAUUGUUAGGAUGGUUUGUAGCAGUAGGUGGUUCCAAUACUGGCUCCACGUUGUCACUGGGCUUGGUUGUGGUUCACAUCGAGUUCCUCAACAGCUGAAGGUCAGCAGACUGCCUUAUGCCUAAUUUAAGCCAUUUUACACAAUAAAACCUCUGUGCUUAGAGUUUUGAUACAGUCCAUCCAAGUUAACCUAAUUUUUACAGUUUUGUACAGUUUUUCAGUUUGUAUUUCACAUUGCAUUUUUACUUCGGGUUGCAUAUGACGUCCUAGAUGUGAUUCUAUUACAGAAUUCAAAGCUUAUGGAAUAAAUAAGAAAACAUCC